AUGCUAUUUGCCACCCAUCUUUUGACUGCUUUCGUCGUUGCUGUUGGGUUUUUUGGAAGUGCUGCGACAGCUCCAGUCCAAAACACUACUACACACGGACUUGUCGCCCGUGGUCCUUACGACACCCAUAAUGGAUGGGCAUCGUGGUACAACCCCUCCGCAGGGAUCGGUGCAUGCGGUUGGCAAAACCAAGAUUAUGAAUGGGUGGCUGCUGUAGGGACCCAGCUGUUCCAAGAACUAAUCCCAGAUGGAAACCCCAACCACAGUGCCGCUUGUGGAAAGACUGCCACUGCUACCUGGAAUGGAAAGAGUAUUACUCUUGGGAUCGUUGAUCGUUGCCCUGGGUGUGGCUAUAACGAUAUCGACCUUGCACCCGCUGCGUUCCAGCAGUUUGCCGAUCUUGGUUAG